GGGGAGGGACAGACGGAGACGGAGCGAGCAGCUGGACAGAAAACAGCAAGAAAGAGGUGGUGAUGGGAAACACCGACAGUCGGCACAACAGUUUAAUUUCUCCUGCAAAGUCUGGCUCGCUCCAGUUCCCUUCCAGGAAACGCCAAGUUCAGUCACCUCGCACCUGGUGGCGCAACAAGAAUGAUGGCUGCAGGAGCAGGGGGUGGAGCUACCAACCUCACAGCACCACUGGCCAGCUGAAGGUGUCUUGGCGUCACCAGCACCCCGUGCAGGACGACGCGCAGUACGCCACGACGUCACAGAUGUACGAGGCACACGGGUCACGAGGGAACCACUUUGGAUUCCUGGACAGCGGUGCAGUGAGUAGUGGGAUUUACUCUAAUGGGACCUCGGUGGCGAGUGGAGGCAGCCCAAAGGUGCUGCUCAGCAAAGAUGGCAGCAUGCGGGUGGAGUUCACCAAAAACAGGAUGGUCUCUGCAGAGCCACAGUGUGUACCAGAAUCCUCCCUCUGGACCAGCAAGGGAAGCUCCCUGAGCUCUGAGGGCUCCUGGUACGAUUCGCCAUGGGGGAACGGCGGUGAGUUGGCCGACAAUGUCUUCAGCUGUCGGCAGACCCCGGGGGUCAGUGCUGCCGACUCUUCCAACCGGACAGAGGACCCCACCUCUGGGAAUGCCUUCUUCACAUCCCAAGUCAAAGACGUCUCACCAGGUUUUAAUGCCAGUUUCCUCAUUCCUGCUGCUGAUCUUAACUUCGGCAGCAGCUUGAUGCACGGCUGCAAAAUCUUCUCACUGGGACAAACUGAGGACAGCGGAAUUGGGGAUUCAGUGAUCCUUCCACCUGAUGUCAAAGACUUCAGCCUGAUUCCAGGUCCUGAUGUGUCACUGGCUGAUGGCUACACGCUGCCCGUCUUCCAGACAACGCAGCAAAGGACCUUCUCCUCAGGGCUGGUGGACACCUACGUCCAGGAGGAUGAGGGUUUAGGAGGGGGCGGGGACCAGCUCUUCUCUUUCCACACACUGCCCUGCCCCAAGGCGGAGUCUGUUGCCUCAGCAACAAGGACCAGCCGUAAGGACUUUCUGAAGAGCCGCAUCAGACAGCUCAGUGAUUGGACAGGCAGCCUGAGCAGGAAGAAAAGGAGGAUCCAGGAACCAUGGAGCUCUGAUGCCGGCACCAGUUUCCUCACCGGACUCUACUCUGGGCUGGAUGGAUGCGGAACUCUGUGGGCCUCUGAUCUCCUCCACUUCCAGAACCAGGUACCUCUCUGCAGCUCUUCCAGAACCCUCAGUCCGACCAGCGAUGCCCAGCGGCAGAACAUCUACCAGAACUUCAUGCAGGAGCUGGUGAUGGGCGGCAGCAGCUUUGCUGAGCGGACGGACCCGUCAGAGGAGGAUGGUGAGGAAGAAGAGGAGGUGGAGGAGGAGCCACAUGCGGUUUUUGAGAAGGAGCACGAUGCGGUGCGGCGAGCCGGCUGGCUCUCUUUCAAAGCUCUCAUCACCAUCGGCAAAGACAGGAAGGUGGAGUUGGUUGCUUGCCGCAGGUGGAGUCGCCACUGGGUCACACUGAAAGGUUGCACGCUGCUGUUUUAUGAGACGUACGGGAAAAGCAGUGGCGAGCACAAGCUUUUGCCUCGUUACAUCCUGCUGGCCGACGACAGCAUCAUCCAGGCCUUCCCCGAACACCCCAAGAAGGAAAACGUCUUCUGCCUGAGCAACGCGUACGGAGACGUCUACCUGUUCCAGGCCGGCAGCCAGACGGACCUGGAGAACUGGGUGACGGCGGUCCACUCGGCCAGCGCCUCACGGCUGGCCAGACGUCACAGGAGAGAUGACACGCUGCGUCUCCUCGGUGACCGGAGCCGCUUGCUGCUGCACCAGAUUGACCUGGACGCCAAGAUGAAGAAGAUGGCGGAGCUGCAGCUGUCCGUCAUCACAGAGCAGAAGAAGAGGCGAGCUGUGGAGAAUCAGAUCCAGCAGUGGGAACAGAACCUGGAGAAACUGAACCUGGAUCUGUUCCAGGUGCGCUGUUACCUCUCCAGCCUGCAGGGCAGCGAACUUCCCAACCCCAAAAGCCUCUUGGCAGUGGCCAGCAGACCCUCCAAGAGCAUGCUGGGACGCCUGGGGGUCUUCUCCGUGUCCUCUUUCCACGCUCUGGUGUGCAGUCGAGACGAGGCGAUGCUGCGGCGGCGAGGCUGCUCUCUGUCAGGGGGGUAUCGCAGUCGGCGUGGCCUGCCAUCCUCUUUGAAGGUUCUCCGCAAACCAUGUAGACGCAGCUCGGACAACAAACUCACUCAGGUUGUUCAGGUGUGCGGUGGCGAGCCGUCAGCUGUCAGCAUUUUCACCGUGAGUGUCUGCCGACAAGACGACAUCCCGGAUUUUGGUUUUACAGUGACGGGUCACGUGGACCAACGGGGAAAAAGUCACGUGUUUGUCAGCGAGGUCGACCCGCUCGGACCAUCAGCCAGCAAAGGUCUCAGAGCUGGAGACCAGGUUCUGGCGGUAAACGGAGUCACUGUUUCCGGACUGGACCUGGACCUCCUUCAGAAUCUCUUCAGUCUUCAGGAGCUCCAGCUGCUGCUGACCAGAGAUGAAUCUGAUCCACAGGAACUGGAUCCUGGUGAGCUCAGCCUGCCGCUGGCACCGGCUCACCUCCUCCCAGCAUGCACUGCAGCGAGAAUGCAAGCAGAUGACGAACCCUCCAGACCGGAAACGGACCACCUCUCCUCACUGAGCGACACCUUCCCAGAAGGCCGAGCGGCAGACAAUUGUCCACGGAAGCCAUGUCGUCAACAGGCCGUAAGCCCCUCCCACCUGAGCGUCUGCCAACGUCUUCGAAAAGUCAUCGAGGAGCUCGUAGAUACGGAGAAAUCCUACGUCAAGGACCUGCUGUGCCUGUUUGACGUCUAUCUGACGCCGCUGCAGACGGAGACGUUCCUCAGUAAGGACGAGAUGGAGGCGCUGUUCGGCAGUUUGCCUGAUAUGUUGGAGUUCCAGAGAGUUUUUGUCCAGACGCUGGAGGAGACAAUCGCUUUCUGUCCAAACUUCAGCUGUCUAGAGACGCCUGAAGAGUUCAAGAAGGUUCUGGUCUCUCUGGGAGGAUCGUUUCUGUAUUACGCCGACCACUUCAAGCUGUACAGCGGCUUCUGUGCCAACCACACCAAAGUCCAGAAGGUUCUGGAGCGAGCAAAGACGGAUGUAGCUUUCAAACAGUUCCUGGAGAAUCGGAACCCGAACAAGCAGCACUCGUCCACGCUGGAGUCCUACCUGAUCAAACCGGUCCAGAGAGUUCUGAAGUACCCACUACUGCUCAAAGAACUGGUCUCUCUAACUGAUCCUGACAGCCCUGAACACACACACCUGACAGGGGCGCUGCGAGCCAUGGAGCAGGUUGCCAGCCACAUUAACGAGAUGCAGAAGAUCUAUGAGGAUUAUGGCUCCGUGUUUGAGCAGCUGGCUGCAGAGCACAGUGACCCCGACAAACAGGUGUCCGAGAUCUCCAUGGGGGAGUUUCUGGUCCAUUCCUCAGUGGCUUGGUUGAACCCAUUACCCUGCAUGGGACGCCUGAGGGAGGAACCGGAGCUGACUCUGUUUGUGUUCAAGCGGGCCAUCGUUCUGGUUUACCGUGAAACGAGCAAGCUGAAGAAGAGGAUGACCGGGUCUCGCUCCACUGAUCUAGACCCCUUCAGGUUCUGCUGGUUAAUUCCAGUUUCGGCAGUGCAGGUCAGAUCGGUCACCAUCACAGGCUCAGAGGAUCCAUGUGUGUGGGAGCUGGUCCACAGCAGGUCAAAGGUCGAGGGACGACCGGAGACGGUAUUCCAGCUGUGCAGCAGCGGUUUGGAGGCUAAAGCGAGUGUGGUGAACGCACUGCGCUGCCUUAGAGAUGGCACCAGGCACAAAGGCACUUCAGCGCCUCAAGGUGGCGCCGGUGCUCUGAGGAGGCAGCAGCAGUGCUGCUCCAACACCCAGAGUACACCUCGUCACGUGGAGGGCGGCACCGUCCUGAGAGGAUCCUGUUCGGAGCAGCUGCUGCCGAGUCACAACACCGCCGAGCCAGAGGCUGACUGUGCAGGCAGGAGGUUCCGGCUCUGCUCCCUGACCGCUGACCUGGAAGCUCAACUCCAAAGACUGAACGUCACUGAGAAGGAGGGGGCGGAGCAUCAAGGAGCCGAAAGGAGGAGCUGUAGUUGGAGGCGGAGCCCUGGAGGAGAGGUGGCGGAGGUAGGCAGCGUCUUGGAGAGAGACUUUAGCAUUCAGAGCAUGAAGUCCUUGAUUAAUGAGGACUGCUUCUACGACUCGGUGCAGGGAAUUCAGUGUGACUCGGCCAACACGAACGCCGCCGGAGCAGAAAAACAGAAAACUUUGGAGGCUGAUUCUAGAAACACUUAAAUCUAUUUGACUUUAUGAUUCUCUGCCGUCCAGCAAACGCCGCGCUCACAUUAGCAUGUUAGCAUUGAGCUCUUAGAUUGUUUCAGUGGGCAUGGCUCGCUAUGGUCAGAAACAUUUGAAUAAGUCAUGCAGUUAAACUGGGCGGACCCUUAAGACAACAUCCAAAACUAGCUGUAGCUCUCAGCACCAUGUAAUCCAGUGCAAUAAAAUCCUGUUUAGCGGUUAAAAGUUACUUUUAAAAGGAGAGUGAAUAGUACAAGUCAAAUCACUUCUUGAAGUUAACUGAACUGGGUGGCAACCACAUUAGCCAGCUAAUUAGCAUGGACCAGUUACCACAGUGGCUGUCCAUGCUAGUUUAGCUAUUUAGCAUCUUGCUGACUUGUUGAGCCGCUUUGUAAUUAAAUAAUGUUCAUUUGUUUUGCUAAUGUUUGUUUAUCACAUAACGCCAGGCUGCUGCCCGUUCAUAACUUUGUGCAAAAUUUUAAAAGUAAAGUUGUGAUUUUAAAUAUUUAUUGAUCAUUAGCGCCACACGAUGUCAUCAAACCUCCAGCCCCGCCCAUUUCUCUGCACUGCUCAGGUGAUAUUAGUUUUACACUCUACUGCCGCCCUGCAGGCAGUGAACUUACACGUUUUUACGAACUCUUCAGAGAAGAAAAUGUAAGCUGUGUCGCUGAAUGUAGUUUUUAUGAUUCUUUGGUUUUGUAGUUAUUUGUAUGUUGUAAACAUUUUCUGUUGUUUUUCUUGACAAAAACAGUUUCCACAUAUAUGAAGCUGUUUGACUCGUGUUCAUCCUGGGGAUUUUCUUUCUCUCUUUGUAUAUUUUGUGGAUUUCUGUGUUAUUUUGAGAAACAUUUGUUCCAAAAAACUAAUUACCUUUG